ACAAAGUUAGGAUGGUUAGGACUGAAGAAAAGAGUGGUGGGGAGGAGUGAUGAGUGAAUGGGUAGGGUGUCCAAAUCCCCCCCCCCCUUCUCCCUCCCUUCCCUCCCAUCCCAUCUUUCCCAAGCUGUUGGCAGGGCCCAUUGUUUCAGUGCUCCAUGCUAACAUUAGCAAAUAUCUAUCUCAGGAAGAGGUACUUAAGCGACGGUAGUCCACGAGGAAUCCUCAGCAUCCCUUGUACCACGGCAGGAGCGCUACACGGCAAGAGUCAGCCAGGAACUCAGCAAGGGACGUGCACUUUAGUAACCGCCAUGGCGAUCUCGCUCUUGGUCCUCUCCUUCACCUGCCUGUGCAUCGCCGGCUUCAACAACGCCGAGGAUAGCAACCCUGACAAGUACGGAGCAACUUAUCAAUUCAAAUAUCAUGUUCACGACCAAAUGACAAUGGAUUAUAAAACUCAUGAAGAGGUGGGAGAAAAUGGUUCAGUGCGAGGUUCAUACACAGUCAGAGAACCAAAUGGUGAUUUAAGAGUGGUUUCAUAUACAGCUGGAGAUACUGGAGGAUUUCAGGCAAUGGUUCGUGUGAAACCUACACUAAAAACUGAAGCAGAAAAUUCAACACAUCUUGUUGGACAAAAAGCAGGAGGUGACACACCCCUGAAGAUACAGCUCAGCACAGAACCUAAUGCAGACUCACUACAGCAACGAGACCAGAGGCACAGCAUGACAGAAAAGAUCAUCACCACCAAAAAGCCUGACAACAGUUCUACCGAUAGACCAAUAACAACAAAUAUCCUGCAAAACCUGAUAGCUAAUAAAAAUCUCACAAAAAAGAGAGAAACUUUUGACAAAGCACAUCAAUUCCAGAGUUUUGCCAUUACCUCAGAAAUAAGACCAUCCACAAAUGAGUACAAGUAUACAGCUCAUCAUGCAACAGAACUGCCAUCAAAACAAGAAUUAAUUGCUGCUUAUGUACCUCUUCAUGUGAGUAGUAUACAAGGUACAACACACUAUGGUCAAUAUCUCACUCCAGUUAUCCUUCAUAUGGUACCAGCACGACUUCCAAGGAAAAACAUUGUCAAAUUCAGUACUGAUUUUCAAAACAAAGAUAGUUCCAGUACAUUUAAGGAUUUUACAAGUAAAUCAAGGCUGUGCACUGCAGAUCAAGUCAAGAGCAAUACAAAAUUGAACCAGAAUAGCAAUGGAUAAUUAUAA